AUGGCUCCUGGCAAAAACCAAGCAGGGAGAGACAAAAAAGACGAGCUGUCUUUCUCGGUCUCGUACUGUCGGAAUCAAGCGGAGGAACACUCUGUGCACUGGAGGGAAGAGCUUCUCAAUGGCCAAGUCCUCAUGGUCCUGUCUGCUCGCAAGGCCUGCUCUCCUGCCCGUUUUGAUGCGAAUCUUUGCGCAGCAAGACUGAAGAGCUUGGGAAUCCAGAUGACAACUGACCAGUGGAGAAAUUUAAUUCAGUCUGCAGUUCUGGAGCCAGAAGUGAGAAAGUACAUGUUCUACAACUCCAGAGUGUUUGGGAUAGUCAUUGCUGUGGUUUUCUAUGUGAUUCUCUGGAUAAAUCUUUACUCCACUCUGCAAAUAUAUUCCUUAGCACAGAGUUGGAAAAUCAGUAUCUUGGUCACCUUAGGGGCCCUUGUGGCUGCCUUGGCUAUCAGACUCAUCAUUCAUCAGCAGCAGGGAAAGAUGAAUAUGAAUACGGACAUGAGGCUGGUGGCUGCCAAUGAAGUUUUCAUGAAACAUGAAUUGCUGGUGGGAGUCACUGGCCAGCUGGACCAGCUUCACAGCAUCCCGCAGCUGUGGUUUGUUCAUUUCAACGUGGAGCCAUGUGUUCAGUCUUUAGAGGAGUCAAUUACGGAAAUGAAGAGGAACCAAGAGUCUGUUCUGCGGCACAACCUGGACGAGCUCUGCCUUGUCACCGAGACCUCCGUCUUCCCAGCCCAGGAAGAAAAAGCCGAAAGCUCUUUAGAGGAGUCACCAUUGCUGCCCGACACCAAGAAUAAAAGCAGAAGCGAACUGACGUGCCGACAGCUCCUCCAGCUGAUCCCAGACGGAACCCCCAAAGUAAUGGCCCAGCAGCUGUUGAUGAUCUACAGUGGCUAUUACGUCAGGCUCUUGGUUAGCGGCCAACUGCCAGAGGUCCCCGUGAGACGUCAUGUUAUGUUCAACCACAUCCCCUGCCUUUGCCAGUUUAUUGAGUUCACAGUGCUGGGAAAGAGAUGCUUUUCGUUCAAGCGGAGGUGACAAAUAGAAGUG